AUGCAACCUUAUGCACAGCUGGGUUUCAACCUUCAGCCCCUCCUGGAGCGGCUCAGCCAAGAUGAGCUGAGCCAGUUCAAAUCUCUGUUGAGGUCCCUUUCCCCACAAGAGGAGUUACAGCACAUCCCUGUGACAGAAGUAGAGGAGGCUGAUGGGAAGCAACUGACAGAAAUUCUCACCAAUCGCUGCCCCAGCCACUGGGUAGAGAUGGUGACCAUCCGGGUCUUUGACAAGAUGAACCAAACAGAUCUUUCUGAGAGAGCAAAGGAUGAGAGGAAGGAGGAGAGCCUCCAGAGUUUUACAUAUGUAGGAAUAACACUGAGCCUUGGAGAGGCCACCUGUCCUGAACCCAAGUUCCAGAAUGAUCAAUAUGUGCUUCCUUUCUGGAUGGAUCUUCUUUCCGUGUUCGACUCAAACAAGAGUCUGGUGUUUCUAGAUAUCAGUCAGAGCUUCCUCAGUACCUCAUCCGUGAAGCUGCUUUGUGAAAAAAUAGAUUCCGCUCCCCAUAAUCUUCAGAAAGUGGUCCUCAAAAAUACUUUCCCAGUGGACACCUAUCGAAACUUCUGUUUUGUUUUUUGUGGCCAUGAGACUCUCACGCAUCUGACCCUUCAAGGAAAUGACCAGAGUGAUAUGCUGCCCGUAUUGUGUGAGAUUAUGACACACCCACAGUGUAACCUACAAUACCUCAGGUUGGUGUCUUGUUUGGCCGCCCCCCAGCAGUGGGCCCAUCUCUCCUGCUCCCUCAGGAUCAGCCAGUCCCUCACAUGCCUGAACCUCACAGGAAUUGAGCUCCCGGAAGAGAGUGCCAAGUUGCUGUGAACGAGUCUAAGACACCCAAAGUGCUUCCUGCAGAGGUUGCUGGAAGACUGUCACCUUUCAGAAGCAUGUUGUAAGGAGCUGUCCUCUGCCUUGAUCGUCAACCAUAGGCUGACGCACCUGUGCUUGGCCAAGAAUGCCCUGGGAGACGGUGGGGUAAAGCUGCUGUGUGAAGGCUUGAGUUACCCGGACUGCCAGCUGCAGGGGCUGGUGGAAGUCCGUGCUGUGCUUUGGUACUGUAGCAUAACCAGCAGCAGCUGCAAUUAUCUGUCAACACUUCUCCAGCAAAAUUCAAGUCUUACACACUUGGAUCUGGGGCUGAAUCACAUAGGAUUUACUGGACUCAAGUUUCUGUGUGAGGCUUUGAAGAAGCCAACCUGUAACCUCAAAUGUCUAUGGUUGUGGGGAUGUGCCAUCACGCCUUUCUGCUGUGAAGUCCUCUCCUCUGCCCUUGGAAGCAAUCAGAGACUGGUCACUCUGGACCUGGGCCAGAAUUCCUUGGGGUAUAGCGGAGUAAAGAUGCUGUAUGACACCUUGAAACUUCAGCGCUCUUCCCUCCAGACACUCAGGUUGAAGACAGAUAAAUCUGAUCCUCAAAUCCAGAAGCUGCUGAAAGAAAUCCAAGAACAUGACCCACAAUUGACCACCGAGAGUGAUAAUCAAGAUCCAACCACUAACCGACCUUCUUCACAUGACUUCAUUUUCUGAAUCCCCUGGAGCUAUUUAUUCCCCAGUAAAUUUGGGGAUCAUAAGGGUGAUGGUGAACUUCCUCUGAUCCUUCUCAGUGAUGUUAGGUGCUGAA